AUGACAGCCAUCACCACCUCCCAACGCGGCAGUAUCUCCGACUCGCCCCCCAAACCCAAAUCCUCGUCCAAGCGCGGAUCCGCAUCCUCCGCCACCCCCGCUGCGAAUUAUGCGUCCACGCUCACGCCGCAGCAAUUGGAAAGUAUAAGCGAUGCGGAGGUGUUUGAUCAGGAUGGGAAGAAGUAUACGUGGGGGGAGUUGACGGGUGGGAAGCGGGUCGUGGUGGUGUUUAUUAGGCAUUUCUGGUGUAUCAAUUGUAAAGAGUAUCUACGACUCCUGGCGGCUCAGAUCCCACCUUCAAGUCUUCCAGAGGGGACAUCUCUCAUCGCGAUAGGCUGCGGCCAAUACAAACCCCUCAAGACCUACAUCCCCACCCUCACCCCCAACUCCGCAUCUCCCUAUCCUUACCCAGUAUACGCCCACCCUUCUCUGGCCCUGCACAAAGGACUCGGCUUUAUGACGUCCCUUGACCGGAGCAAGGCGGGCGAGGAGAAGGCGUACGAGGCUGCGCUGGGGGGGAUCGUGAAACGGACGUUUGCGGCGAUUAAGGAGGUGCAUAUUGGGGAGGCGGGGCAGACGGGGCCAUUAGCCCAGAAUGGGGGCGAGGUGGUUAUGGAGGCUGACGGCUCGUGCUCCUUCCUCCACCGCAUGAAGCAUACAGUGGACCAUACCGAGCUGGACACGCUCGCUGCUCAGAUCGGAGCGAGGCAUAUACCUGGACAGAGCAUGAGCGACGCUAUGGUGUGUCCUGCUUGA